AUGCCCCCUAAUGUUCCAACAGGAGAUAAAAGUGAGUUCCUGCAGGCUCACAAUGAAUACCGUAGUAAGCAUGGAGCACCACCUCUUACACUGGAUCCCAAGCUUAACCUUUCUGCUCAGGCAUGGGCUCAAACACUGCUGUCGAUCAACCUUAAAAAUAGCAAUACCAAAGCUGGAUAGAACCUGUACUAUACAUACAGCUCACCACCCAAAAAGUUCCAGGCAAGGCGUGUAGCGGUGGACAGCUGGUACAAUGAAAUUAAGAAAUAUGACUAAGAACCGGGAUUCAGUUCUGGAACAGGUCACUUCACACAGGUGGUUUGGAAGGACUCUAAGCAGCUGGGUGUUGGGCUAGCCACAGAUGGGACUACAACCUUUGUGGUGGGCCAGUACUUACCAGCAGGCAAUAUUGGCAAUGCUGGCUACUUUGAAAAGAAUGUCCUACCACUGCAAUAG